UGGUCCAUUCUCGUCAUUAGCAUGUUCACUGGAGCCAUUAGCAGUAAAAAACGAAGAGACCGAAGAAGAAGAGGUGACCUCAUCGUCGAAGAAGAAUCGCAAAAAUCGAACAAAACGACAAGAGAAACCGCCAUACAGCUAUAUCGCCCUAAUCGCCAUGGCUAUCCAAGUAGAAAAGGCCAUAAGUGGACGAUCUCGGACAACUUGCGAGUUUCUGCUUGAAGAAGGUGCUUUUCGUCGACGUCCUCGAGGAUACAAAGCCAGAAAACGACCUGUCUACGGCCAAUUCACGCA